UGUUCAACUAAGGCCCGCUCUAGAACUGGGCCAUCCACGUCACCAGUAGGCCUAUCAAACGGUGGGACCCAGAGGAUCCCUUUCUUCCUUUUCCGAAGCUCCAAAAGAACUCCGACCGAACUUGUCCCACAAAAUCCUUCCGCGCAGCCUCUCUCUCGACGGUCCGAUCAGCGGCAUCAGCCCUUAAUCAAUGGCCAAAACAGCGCCAUCACCACCCUCAAACUCUCGCGUCCUCAUCAUCCUCUUCCUCCUCCUGAGCACCGCACCGAAGCCCUCCCAUUCCCCCUCCUACUCAUCGUACCGAAGCCUGGUCUCCCUCGCCCACUCGCUCACGACGCGCGUGGCCAACCUCCGCGCCUCCCGCGGCGACAUCUCGGGCUCGCACCGGGCCAGGCUCAUCGCCCAACACCUAGAGCGCGGCCUCGGCCUGGGCUUCUUGGGGUUCACGUGGUCCGGGGGCUGGGACUACCUCAAGAACUACGCGUGGAGCCUGUGGAGGGACGUGAACUACGCAGAUCUGUACGGCGCCGUUUCGGACGCGAACAAGCUGCUGAGUUCUCUGGGCGAGCUUACACGCUUGGGCUCUGACGCCGCGAGGGCCGCCUGGGUCGGGCGGAAUUACCAAAAUUUCCUCGGAAUCUCAAACUCUCUCUUCCAAAGGCUCCUCAAAGUGUUUCGUCAACGGGGUGCACUAAGGGAAGUGGUGGAGACGGUGCAGAUAGAGGUGGCGGAGGGUGGGUUACUGAGGGACUGCCUUGAAGUGGGGGGGAAUGAUAUGAAGGGAUUGCUUCAGAUUUUCAGAGAAUUGGCUUUACAAUUCUAUUCCACCUCCGGUGAUGAUCUAUGACACUCCC